CCAGGGCUGCGCGGCCCCGCGGCCCCCGCGCCGCCCGAGCGGGCUGUAGCGGGGCGGGGGGCGGAGGGAGAAGGGGGGCGAUGCCCCGCGCCGAGCCCAGCCCGCCGCUGUGCUGAGCCGGCGGGGCUGGCCGGAGGCUGGGGAGAGGGACAUGGUGCUGGAGCCCCCCGUGACGCUCCCCGGGUGGCCAAGGGGCGGCUGGUGAGGAGCCGGAGCGCGGCGGCGGAGCGAGGCCACGGUGAGGGAGCCCCGAGGAUCCGGCUGGGGAGCCAUGGGGAGAUGCAACGGGCGAUGCACGCUGGUGGGAUUCUGCUGCCUGCAGCUGGUCGCGGCGCUGGAGCGGCAGAUCUUUGAUUUCCUGGGAUACCAGUGGGCCCCCAUCCUGGCGAACUUCUUACACAUCAUGGCCGUGAUUUUGGGUAUUUUUGGGACCAUCCAGUACAGAUCCAGAUACCUCAUGAUGUACGCCGUGUGGUUGGUGCUGUGGGUCGGCUGGAACGCCUUCAUCAUCUGCUUCUACCUGGAGGUCGGGCGCUUGUCACAGGACCGAGACUUCAUCAUGACCUUCAACACCUCGCUGCACCGCUCGUGGUGGAUGGAGAACGGCCCGGGCUGCCUGGUGACGCCGGUGCUGAACUCCAACCUGGCGCCCGAGGACCACCACGUCAUCACCGUCAGCGGCUGCCUGCUCGACUACCAGUACAUCGAGGUGGUGAGCAGCGCCACGCAGAUCUUCCUGGCGCUCUUCGGCUUCGUCUACGCCUGCUACGUCAGCAAAGUGUUCCUGGAGGAGGAGGACAGCUUUGAUUUCAUCGGCGGCUUUGACUCCUACGGCUACCAGGCGCCCCAGAAGACGUCGCACCUGCAGCUACAGCCGCUCUACACCUCGGGAUAACCGGGAGCCAGCGGCGCCAGGACCCCGCGGAGCCACCACCCCCUGCUGCCACCACCCCCGGUGCGACGGGGCCACCACGGCGAGCCGCCCGUCCCCUCCUGCCCCCCCGGGACAUCCCAAAGCCAGCGCCGGGAGCCGCUCGUCCGCCCCACGGAGCCCGAACCCGCCGGGCUGUGCCACCCCCGGGGCUCGCAGCCUGCCCGCGAUGGGGACACGGCGACAGCGGGGAGGUGGCAGCGCUCACAGGACACCGCCGGCCUCAGUUUCUCCCAGCCUGGCUUUUCCUUGGAGCAGCGGAGCGGGACGGGUUUGGGACAGGGACAGGCACCGGCACCGCCCUGGGGACAGGCGGGCUUGGGACAAUUUCCUGAAAACGCCGCAUCUGGGCUCAGACUGGCCCCAAAAACGGGGAUUUUGCUCCCAGCGGGAAUUCUCCAGCCCCCCACACUGGGAUGAAGCAGCAUUGAAGGGGCUCGCUCUGGGACGCUCCGAGGAGCCGGAUCUGCCCAUCAGCAUCGCCUCGACGCCCAGAUUUGGGGACAUGGGGGGGCACCCAGGACCCCGAAAUCCCCCUGCACCCUCCCACAUUUUGGGGGCCUUGCUCCGAGCUGGGAACAGCGACGCUGCUGCGGCACCGCCCCCUCCCAGCCGUCCGAACGGAUCUGAUGAAUGUUUUGGGUUGCUUUGGGAUUUUAUUUUUUCCCCCCGCCCCAAUCAUUUCUUUGGGUUUUUAUUUAAUUUAAAGUGCCUGAGUAGACUCUGGCUGAGCCGGGCCCCCCCCCCAAGGCUGACACCGUGCCUUCAGCAUCGCUGGGACCCCCCCAGGGCCAUCCCAAACCUCGCCCAGGGCCGGGGGUCCCUCCCUGGUCCCUUCAUCCGGGGGGGGCUCGGUGCCAAACUCAUCCGUCAGGGACACCGGCACGGGGGGAAGGAUUUUUGGGGGUGGGAGAUGGGUUGGGCAGGGAUUGCUUUGCAGGAGGAGGAUCGGCUGGGAAGGAAAAGCCUUGGAAGGAACUGGAAGGAAAAAAAAAGGAGUUUCCUGGAGUGUCCCAGCUCCCCGGAAGCUCCUCGCUCUCCUUUCCGUGGGAUCUCCCCCAGGAUCCCUGGAUCUGCUCCGAAGGCCGCCCUGCACCCCUGGGAGCUGGGGGGUUUGGGUGGAUUUCACUCCCAGCUGUUUCUCCUCCAGUGCCAGGGCAGUUUUUACACCCUGGGGUGGUUUUUUUGUCCCUUCCCAAGAGGGAGCCCUGGAAGUGCCAGGGCCCGGAGCUGGGAUGGGCUGAGCCCCCCACAGCCCCCCGCCACCUCCAGCCAAGCUGCGAACUCUACAGGCAAUAACUUUUCCACCCUUUGCCCUUCUUUUUUCCAUGGAAAAUCGUGGUUUUUUUCAGGCAGUGAUCCCCCUCAUCCUCCAGAACAUAUCCCCAUCCCCAAGCCCUGGGGCCAGCAGCAUCUCUGGGGUUUAUUUUCCAUUCCAGGACCAAGGAUGCUCCACUGACCUGCUCUGGGAUGGGAUGGGAUGGACAGGCAGACACUCCCCCGCUCCCAACCCUUCCCAAAGCCAGCAGGAAGCAGCAGGCAGAGCUCGCUGGCAUUAAAGCUCUUGGGAAGAGCCUCCCCCGCUGGGCUCCACAGGAGCUGGGCACGGCGCUCCGGGACCUUGGGUGUUUCUGUUCCGUUGGCUUGGUUUUCUAUGAGCCCGUCUUUGUAACGUGAAUCGAGGAUUUCUUUUCUAUUCUGUAAUUAUAAAAGUCAAAGGAAAGUUUCA